CACACUGGCAAAUUUAUUCCGGAACGUUUUUUGAAGCCUGUUGAAAAGAAUAGUUUUAUGCCGUUCGGUGGUGGCGUAAGAUUGUAUCCAGGCAAACAUGUGGCUAUAGCGUCGCUUAAGGCGUUGAUGGUGUUGUUGUUUGGAAAGUAUGAAGUUGAAUUGGUGAAUCCAAAUCAACUGUUAAAAAUUGGUUAUAAACUUGGCAAUGCCUGCCAAGAAAUGAAAGUCUAUCUUACACCUAAAGUAAAGUUUGAUUUAUUAUCAUUAACAAUAUCGAUAUUUGUAAUUUAUACCAAAAGCGAAUACAUGUAUUAA